GGCGCUGCGGCGCGAGUGCGUCACGCCGGCGGAGGGCACGGUGGGCUGCGGCCGACCCGCCGACGAGGAGCCCGGCGUCCUGGGCGAAGGAGAAGCGGCUGCAUCAGUCCUGGCAGCCGCGAACUUCGCGGCCCGAGAUCGGCCUGGGGUAGCCAGCGAGCAGCCGCCGGCUCCAUUCAUUCCCGCGGCUCCGCCUCCUUUCUUGGGCUCCGGCGGCUCCGGGGGCGCGUCCGAGAGGAUGGCAUUCCCUGUGGAUAUGCUGGAUAAUUGCAGUCAUGAGGAAUUGGAAAAUUCUGCUGAAGAUUACAUGUCAGAUCUAAGGUGUGGGGACCCUGAAAAUCCAGAGUACUUUUCUCUUUUCAAUAUUACGAUUCCUAUUAGCCUGUCAAAUGUAGGCUUUGUACCACUUUAUGGUGGUGACCAGACCCAGAAAAUUCUUGCUCUUUUUGCACCUGAGGACUCGCUCACAGCUGUGGCACUUUACCUUGCUGACCAAUGGUGGGCUAUUGAUGAUAUUGUGAAAACAUCUGUCCUUUCUAGAGAGGGGCUUAAGCAGGUGAGCACUCUUGGGGAGAGAGUGGUUCUGUAUGUUCUGAAUCGAAUUAUUUAUAGAAAACAGGAAAUGGAGAGAAAUGAGAUCCCAUUCCUGUGUCAUAGCAGUACUGAUUAUGCUAAGAUUCUGUGGAAGAAAGGAGAGGCCAUUGGGUUUUAUUCAGUUAAGCCUACAGGAAGCAUAUGUGCCUCAUUUCUUACCCAGAGCUACCAACUGCCAGUUCUUGAUACAGUGUUUGUGAGGAAGAAGUAUCGAGGCAAAGAUUUUGGGCUUCAUAUGCUGGAGGACUUUGUUGAUUCCUUUACGGAAGAUGCACUUGGUUUACGGUACCCGCUGUCCUCUCUCAUGUACACAGCUUGCAAGCAAUACUUUGAAAAGUAUCCAGGAGAUCAUGAACUCCUCUGGGAAGUUGAAGGUGUUGGACACUGGUACCAGCGAAUACCGGUCACCAGAGCAUUGCAGAGAGAGGCACUGAAAAUUAUAGCAGUUUCUCAAAAUGAGGCUACAAGACAUAUGUCUGGAGAAUAUGGUCUUCGAUCUGUUCCAGAAUAUGAAGCAGGAACUGGAGACAAUCAGUCUAGUGAGGUGCAGCUAACUAUUGAUUCUCUAAAAGAUACCUUUGCAAGUACUUCUGAAGGUCAUGACAAAACACCUGUUUCUACUCGCAUGCGAAGCAGUCAUCUAAAACGUCCAAAAAUUGGAAAGAGGUUUCAGGAUUCUGAAUUUAGUAGUUCUCAAGGUGAAGAUGAAAAGAUUCCCCAGAUUUCACCUACAGGUUCAAUAAACAAAUUGGAGUCCACUGCACGCACAUCAGAGAGCUCAGAAGAAUUCCUGGAAGAAGAACCCGAAGAGAGUGUGAUUGAAUUUGAAGAUGAAAGCAGUGAUAAAGAUGCACGGCCAGCACCAGAAACCCAGCCAUGCCUGGAGAAACGAGAUGAUGAAAAGGAAUCUGCGUUAGAGCCUAUGAACGGUGAGAUAAUGGCUGAUACUCUUAAGACCUCACUUACACCUGAAGAGGACUCCACUAGUGAUGUUUUAGAUGAAGAAUUAAAAUUGCAGUCUUUUAAUUCCAGUGAAGACUCUACUAAUCUUAUUCCACUGGUGGUAGACUCUUCAAAGCCCCAUGAGGUUGUUGUACAAGAUAAGACCACACAUACAAUUGAUACAGAAACAUUGAUAGAAGAAAGCCCAUCUGAUGAAAAGGGACAUACUGAAGGGAAACUACCACUAGUUUCAAGAAAGAAAGCACAUUUUGGGAGUUCAGACAAUGUUGCUACCAUCUCAAAUGAGGAAAGAUCUGACAGUGGUUUUCCAAAUUCUUUGGUAACUGAGUUUUCUGAAGAAUCGAUCUCUGAAAAUUUAUCACCCAACACUACUUCCUCAUUGGAAGAUCCAGGUGAGGAGGGGGUUCCUGAGCCCCAGGAAACGUCUGCUGCUCUUCCUCAGAGUUCUUUGAUAGAGGUUGAACUUGAAGACGUGCCAUUUUCACAGAAUGCAGUACAGAAAAACCAGUCAGAGGAGCAGUCUGAAGCAUCUUCUGAGCAACUGGAUCAGUUUACACCAUCAGCAGAAAAAGCUGUAGAUAGUAGUUCAGAAGAAAUAGAAGUGGAAGUGCCUGUUGUAGACAGGCGGAAUUUAAGAAGAAAGGCCAAAGGGCAUAAAGGACCUGCUAAGAAGAAAGCCAAGCUAACCUGAGUGAAGAAGAAAUUCUGAUGAUAAAUCCUCUUCUUUGUAACAUAAUUAUUGUUUUUAAAAGGUGGUACUUAAUAAAUAGCAUGGGGCACAGGACAAAAUUUCUGAAAUUUUCAAUUUGAACUUGUUUAUGAUAAGCUCUUUUUUUCUCCCCUCUUAGGACCUAGGAUUCACCAUUCUUUUUAAUUUUUCAGGCUAUUUUGUGUAAAUACAGUUUUUUAUUUUUACUAACCAUGUUUCAAUUUUGGGAAACCAGAUCAUACUAUAUUUUCAUCUUCAGCAGGGGGGGCAUCUGACCAUUCAUGUUUAAAAAAGUAAAAAACGCCUGUCAAAGCAGUAGGCUUUUCAUUACUUGUAAGGAUCACAGAAAUCUUUUAUACUAAAGGUUUUAAUAGUAAACCUAGUGAGGGUUCUAGAAGUUUUUUCUUAAAUUUCAAAGUUAAUGACCAUUUUUAAAAAGGUAGUCAUGCCUAAACAAAAAUAAGUGUCCAUAAAUUAGAAUAAAUAUAGCUUCAAGUGAGUGACAGCACAAAUACAGAAUUUAUGAUCAAAGGUUUUUGGUGAUAUUUUGACCUCUAAUCCUUCUACCUGUAGAUGCAGUUUCUUCCUUCAGCCUCAAUGCCUGUGGAAAAGACAAACAAAAUCUGUUUCCAGCUCACUGUAUCAUCUGUUAUCGGCAUUACUGUUAGGGACUUAACUCUGUCAUCUAGACAUUAAUAUAAUAAAGUUAUUUAAAAUUUCAUUUGAAGUAUUAGUUUGCUAUCAAUUUAAAUUUUAGUUUCUCCACAUUCACAGAUGCUUACAGGCUUAGAGUAUGCUUUCGCUUUAAUCAGGUAAACUUCCAACUAAUUAAUUUUGGGAUACAAUUUGUUAUAACUUGGACUAUCUGGUCCUGAUCACAAGGCUAGAUAGAGCUGGGGGCUAUAUUUUGUCCCCACCCAGUUAACAUCUCACAAAUGUGAGGCCCCUUCCUAAGGCUUCUCUUUAAUCCUGCCAAUGCCGAAAUUCUGGAAUCCUAUCUAUAUUCUUCUCAGCUUUUGUCUACCUCCCUAAUUCAUGUAGUGAUUCUCCUGUCAAAAGAUCUUCCUACAUGUUAAGUUAUGCCAUUGGUGUCCAUUUUUGGGUAUGUUUGAACUGCCGCAUAAUCUUAGGCCUAGAUGGCAGGAGUAAAGCUGCCCCAGGAGCUAUAGUUACACAAGUUUAAAUCAUGGUGGAGGCUAUCGUUGGCCUUUUUGGUCCUGGUCAUUCAUGGUUUGUUUUGUGAGAACAGGUUGUAUGCUAGCCUGUAUGUGUACAUUGUGCUGCCACAGCAAAGGUCUUUGCCUAGGAAUAUUUAAUAAUUAAAAAAAAAAAGUCCCUCAACUUUUGUAUAGUAAUUUUUUAUUUAAAAAUGAACAAAAUGAUUAUUCUUAGAAUUCAAACUGAAUUUUGAAACAGUCCUACUCUUUGAAAGUAUCAAGUGUAUUUGAAUCUGCACUUAAAUUGGAGAAUGCUUUGAGCCCCUUUAGAUUUUUCGUAACAGCUUGGUCCCUGUGUGAAAAAAUGUUAUGAUUUUGUAUCAUUAUUUGAGGUACUAAUGAUCCGUGUUGAAGCUUUAUUAGCAUAACUCUUUUAGUCAUAUCACUAAAUUUCAUUUUUGGAUGUUGAUAUAUUUAGGAAGAUCUCAUUAGUUGAGUUAAAAAUUAUUAAAACAGGCAAACCCUCCUAUCUGUGUAAGAUUUUGAACACUUGUAUUAUCUAUGUUUUCUUUGUUCUUCAGAAUUCAGGCAGUGGCAGGAUUAAAGUGAAGCUUUAGGUAGAGACUGCACACCUGUGAAGUAUAGAGCCAGAUUAUUUCACUCUAAAUGAAAAUUAAAGAGCUUUGAACAUUUGUUUUCUCAACAAAUGCUAAUUAAGUGGAAGUUAAGAAGAAGUAAGACUAAUAUUACUGUGUCUAUCACAUGUUCAUGCCUGUUUUACUCAUUUCAUGAGAUACUUUGCUUAUAUUUAGGGAAAUAACAAGAUUCUGCUAAUGUUUGGUAAAUUCCUAACCUUUCCACUUUUCAUUUCUUGAAACAGAUUUAAAAAAACCUGUUCUAAUAUUUAAAUAGUUUACUUUUUCUACUGGGACUGCUCAUUAUUCUCUUUAAAGUACUUUAUUUAAAAGAUACAAGUUUACUGACAACUUGAUGUGGCAUGAAUAGUUGCUGAGUUUAUAAAAAAGAAAUGUGCAAGUUAUUCAUAUAUGACCACUGAAGACUGAAAGUAUAACCUUGUUCAUGGUUGGUUUAUUCUUAAACAGUAAGUGAAUUUUAAGUUACUUCAAAACUUUUUGUUAAAGACACAACAAAACUUUUAUGUCUUACCUGACAGAAAAUAUUUCGGGGUUUAUAGAUGGUAGAGAAAAAUUAGGUCACAUGGAAAUACUUAACUUUAAUGUUCUGUAACUUAAAUAAGUACACAAUUUAUAACAGAACAUCCUCAGUAAGGAAUAUAAACUUAAUCAGAUACUUGUAGUUUUUGCAAGGUGUUAGAAAACCUUUCAGAAUUAGAGGACUGAAAUCUGAUCCCAACCUACUAGUUGCUGAGCGUCCAGUCACAUUCUACAUGGUCCUUUGUGAGUUGCUUUUUUUGUUUAGAAGUCUUGUUUGUGGAGAAGGGAGUUCACUUCAGUUUGUACAUACAUAUAUAUUUCCUUGUGUAAUAUAAAACAGAAUAGUUAUUAGCAAAAUUUAAGUUCUAGUUUAAGUUCUAGUUUCCAGUUUUAAAUUAUUCAAAUGCUAGACAUCACAGAAAUUAGUAUAUUCAAGAAUUUAUUAUAAUCCCUCUCUACAACUUUUAAAGGUGAGAGGGUCUAUAUGAUUUUUUUAUAAAAUCAAAGAGCAUGAUUUAGAAUGUCAUUCUUCUACUUAAAAUGUGUCUAUAUUAAUGGUAUUUCCAUUCAAUGUAGAGAAUUACUAUGGUAAAGAUAACAGUUAAUAAUGAUCUGUGGUUCAUUUUUAGCAGACUACCAGAACACUACCUUAAAUAGUUUCAGUGACUUCUGAAAAAUAUUUAUGAAGGUUUAUGAUUGCAUUGAAUUGAGCCAUUAUCUAGUAUCUAAAUAUCUGCUUUUAUUAAAUUCUUUACCUUUUGGGAUUACCAUUCUAAUGAUUAGUCACACCAGCAAACUGAAACAGGUCUUGUUGUAAAUAAAGAAUUUAUAUUAACAUUACUCAUCUAUGUAACAGUAUUUUAGAAAUAAAUUUCUGCCUUGUAUGUCCGCUAGUAGCAGUAUGGUGUUUAAAGUGUGAUCCAGUCUUUCAUGGGUGCAAUCAAUUACAAAUGAUAUGGUUAUGUUUGCAUACUUAAUUUUAAGUGUUCUUUGUCCUUUACAAGACAUUAAUUUGUUGAUUUUGAUUCUAAAAAAUAGGCAAACCUCAGUUCUAUAGUAGCCAAUGCUUACUUGCAAUCGAUUUUUUUUCACCUUUCAAAACUUGUCAUUCACAUAUCACCCAUUUCUCUGUAAUGACCAAGUUAUUUGUUAAAUUCUAAUUGUAAGAAAGAUUAAGCUUCUGUAUCAUCCUAAGUGACUGACAUACUGGAUCAUCAAUUCCAAGGAACUAGCCUUUCUUUUCCUAAGUGUCUGUAGGUGUUUUAUAAACUUCUGUUUAGAAAUGAUGUUAUAUUAAUUCAGAAUAGAAAGUCUUUCUGGAAUACUUCUGUUUGUUUUCUUGGUAGUUUUUCUUUUUAUGGUUUAAAAGUAGUAAUUACAUCUAUAUUUGUGAUUGCUUCCUGGUCUGUGUUUUGAAAUUAUUUCCGUUUUCCUAAUUUAGUUGAUGAAAUGUGUUUCGAUAUUGAAUUUGUUUAUAUUGAAUGAUUUUGUUAAAGGCACAAUUAAUCACAUUGGUUGUACUUGGAAGACAGACUUAAAAAAAUAAACAAUUUAAAACAA